AUGGCUCUUACUGGGAAAACUGCUCUUAUCACCGGCGGUGUUAAGAAUCUUGGUGCUCAAAGCGCCAUCGAGCUGGCUGGUGCCGGCGCCGAUCUUGCCCUUCAUUACCACUCCGCUGGAGGGAAGAAAGAUGCGGCCGCGCUGGAAGCCAAGCUCAAAGAGAGAAACGCUUCCAUUAAGGUUGCCUUCUACGAAGGCGACUUGACCUCUGCGGCUUCUGUGACUAAGCUUUUUCAAGAUGUCAUUCGCGAUUUCGCUCACAUCGACAUUGUGGUCAACACGGUUGGUAAGGUGCUUAAAAAGCCUAUAACGGAUAUCAGUGAGGAAGAAUAUGACACAAUGUUCGCGGUAAACUCUAAGACUGCAUUUUUCGUCCUCAAAGAAGCUGCUGCUCAUGUGACGGACGGUGGAAAGAUCAUCACUAUUGUCACUGCGCUCUUAGGAGCGUUCACUGGGUUCUAUACUUCCUAUGCUGGGAGUAAAGCCCCGGUGGAGCACUUUACCCGGGGUGUUUGCAAAGAGCUCCAGUCUCGUCAAAUCAGUGUGAACAAUGUAGCCCCAGGACCAAUGGACACGCCAUUUUUUUACCCUCAGGAAUCUCCGGAAGCCGUUGACUUUCACAAAGCAAAUGGUAUGGGCAACCGCUUGACCAUGGUUCAGGAUAUUGCUCCUAUCAUUCGCUUCCUUUGUACCGAGGGUGCUUGGAUUACCGGUCAAACCAUCUUUGCCAACGGUGGAUAUACUACCCGUUGA